UAGAUUAGUCUCGCGAGAUGAGGAGAAAGUCUCGGGAGCAGUCCUUAAACUUAAGGAAGAGCAAGCGUAAGGACCCAAGAGGGUACACUGCAGACGGUGAUUCUGCAACUUUUUCGAAAGCGAAAUUGAGUUUUUUGGUUCAUGCUGCAUUGAGAUUACUUUUCACCAAUAAUAUAUUAUUACUUUGCGGGUUACUUUGUUCACCUGACUGAAGGAAACGUGCAGUGCUCGGAGCAGCUACUUCAGAGCAGAAAGUCGGUUUGUGGUCGGGGCAGUUGUUUCUGCAGGAAUGUCGCAGAAAGAAAGACCCAACUUUUACCGACAGGAGGUCAACAAAACAAUAUGGGAAGUCCCGGAUCGGUACCAAAACCUGUCCCCGGUGGGCUCUGGGGCUUACGGAUCAGUUUGUUCGGCCUAUGAUACAAAGACAGGACUAAAAGUUGCUGUGAAAAAGCUUUCUAGGCCAUUUCAGUCCAUCAUUCAUGCCAAGAGAACCUACAGAGAGCUGCGCCUGCUGAAACACAUGAAGCAUGAAAAUGUUAUUGGCCUCUUAGAUGUCUUCACCCCUGCCACUUCUCUAAAGGAAUUCACGGAUGUGUAUUUUGUUAAUCAUCUAAUGGGCGCAGAUCUUAACAACAUUGUGAAGUGUCAGAAACUCACAGACGACCAUGUGCAGUUCCUCAUAUAUCAGAUCCUCCGGGGAUUAAAAUACAUCCACUCAGCAGACAUCAUUCACAGAGAUUUGAAACCCAGUAACCUGGCAGUGAAUGAGGACUGUGAGCUGAAGAUUUUGGACUUUGGUUUGGCGCGGCUCACCGACGACGAGAUGACCGGCUACGUAGCCACCCGCUGGUACCGAGCCCCCGAGAUCAUGUUGAACUGGAUGCACUACAACAUGACGGGUAGGCGAUCAAAAAAGCUUUUGUGUUCACACACAGAAGAUUUUUGUCAACAGAUCGUAAUGAUAGUGUUGCAUCUUUGUUUUUCAGUGGAUAUUUGGUCAGUCGGGUGUAUAAUGGCAGAACUUCUAACGGGACGAACACUGUUUCCUGGCACAGACCACAUUGAUCAGUUGAAGUUAAUCAUGAUGCUCGUCGGAACUCCAGGGCCUGAACUCUUGAUGAAAAUCUCUUCAGAGUCUGCCAGGACCUACAUCAGCUCUCUGGCUCACAUGCCCAAGAGAAACUUUGCUGAUGUGUUCAUCGGCGCCAACCCGCUUGCUGUGGACCUCCUGGAGAAAAUGUUGGUUCUGGACACAGACAGAAGGAUAACAGCAGCUGAGGCCCUGGAACACCCCUACUUUGCUCAGUACCAUGACCCAGAUGAUGAGCCGGAAGCUGAGCCUUAUGACCAGAGCUUUGAGAGCCGGGAUCUGAAUAUUAAGGAGUGGAAACGAUUAACCUAUGAGGAGGUGUGCAGCUUUGAGCCGCCCGUCUUUAACGAGGACGACAUGGAGUGAUGAAAUGAGAUGAGCCAACUACUUCAAACGAGGCCUUUAAACGUGACAUGUGCAUUAAAUGUAAAACUUCUGGCACAUGCCAGACUUUAUCCUAUUUUUUUAGUCUUUGUACUUUCAGAGGAGGUUAUCAGUGAUUUAAAUGUGAUGAAAUUCUUAUUGAUACAAAGACAGCAACUCCUAAAAGAGCUAUCAUUUUUCUUAUUUAAGAACCACUAAUUUUGAUGGUCUUGUGCAUGGAAAUGUCACUUUUUUGCCAAAGUCUAAAAUAAUUUUAUAUUCUUUAAAUAUUUUCUACAUUUAGACUUUGAGGACUUAUCACUGUGACACUGAGAUGCUGAAACUUGUCGACUUGUAGAUGUGCUACUUUCUGUUCCUAUUGUGUAAUGUAUAAAUAAGCUUUAGAAAUAUGCUCGUUCGGCCCCUUCUCUACCAAACCUGUCGCGCGUGGGAUUGGUAGCAUUUUAGAUUAAAAAAAGAUAAUCACUUUAAAAAUUUUCAUUUGACAUAAAUGUAGAUUCAUGGAUUUUAUGGUUUUAGAAAUUUGAAAAGUGUAGUAAGAAACUGUUCUUUGUUGCUUUUGGCUUUAGGUGCACAACCCUUAACCUUGAAACAUUUAUUUAUUUAAAUCUAUUUUUUAAAGGUUAGAAGAUUAGUGAAUGACUUGCUGCAUACAAGAAGGUCAGAGCCCCUUUCGGUUAAAUGUUAUACUCUGUGACAAGGAAAAGAAACAAUAUGCCAUAUAUUUUUAAUAACUAGACUGUGGUUAUAAAGAAAUGACCAUUAGCUUGGAAAUGAAAACGUUAACAAGUGUCGGUUUACAGAGUUUUAAGUGUUGUUAUGACCGAUGAAAUACUCCAGAUCUGUGUAAAAGAGGGAUUUCUAUUUAUCGUAUGUGAAGGUGGUAUUUAUGAGCAUCCAUAUUUGUUUUUCCUGUCAUGUAAAACAGCUGCAGUCAUGUAACAAUAAAGAUUAAGAGACUUA